AUGACCAUAGACCACUCCUGGACCUUUUUCAAUGAGACUUUGCAACAAAUCGUCGAGCCCACCGAAUCCCAAUGCGACAUCAACGCCUGGCGACAAACAUCCCGUCUCCUUUCAAAGCUCCCAACACCCCAUCUCUACCGCACAAUCUCACGCAGACAUGGGCUUUCUGCGCUCCCAUGGGCUGCCAGAGAUGUCUGCUUGCUGCAUGGCGCAGCUAUCCACGCAACCGACUCGGAAGGGUACACUGCGGCUUUUCUCGCUGCGCGGGACAUAUCACUGGAUUUGCCGGAGAUACUCCUAGACCAGCUGGAUGUGACGCCAAACUCGGUGGUCUACCAUGAGCAGCUGAGCAGGCCGACCUGGCGCACAUGGUUACUGCUCGAGUGGGUGGUGGAAGCGGGAUACGAAGAUGUGGUUGAGUUUCUACUAGCAAGGGGCGAUGUUGACCCUGAUGCAGGUGAGACUGCUACGCCGUUGUGGUGGGCUGCGCACGUGGCUCAACCGAGAAUGGGCAAGUCGAUUUGA